CAAUUAUUUCGUCCAAACGCUAUGACUAGAAGUACAGGCGUAAGGCUUUACCGGGCCUGCCUUCGUUGUCGACAACGCAAAAUAAAAUGUGAUUUGAGAUAUACGGAGGGAGGGACCCAUGGGCCAUGCUCAAAGUGCAUCCUAGAAGGCCAUCAAUGCAUGCCAGCCACCUCGAGAAGAGGGGGUGACUACUCUCGCUUCCGGGGUCGACGUCAUGGACACGCCGAGACGCAGCCUCCAAGGGUCAGUGAGCACGGCGAAACCAAGACAGAACUACAACCGAGUGCAUUGCACGCCGAAACUGUGGGGGUGGACAAUGACACUCUUUUUCGUGGGGGUGUUCGAAACCCCUUAGAAGCUCUUCAAAUCCUCGCUCAGACGGCCGCCACUGCGGGGGAUGACAGCAUACCUUCGCCUGAGAGGCCUUCUCAAAGAUCGGAUGGCACAGGGCGUGCAGUGGGGAAGUCUUUGCAUCAUAAUUCACGAGAGCAACCCAAGGCAUCAAUAAUGGCCACAGAGAUCAUCAAGGAGGGUAUCAUCGACGAACUGGACCUCGAACCCCUGGUACAAUACUAUACCAUAAACUACCAUCAUUACUUUCCUAUCGUGUCCAGCAAUCUAUUAUACACAAAAGACCGCAAGCACCUAUGGGCUACAGAGACGUUCCUCCUCGCCUCCGUCCUUACAAUAGCCACUCAGAACAGGCCGGAUCAGAAGCACCUUCACAUCCGAAUCAGAGGGUAUAUCGAUAAGCUAAUACUUCGUGUCACUCUUGGCGCCAGAAGUGUGCGGCAAGUUGGGACCGUAGAAGGCUUACUGCUUCUAGCCGAGUGGAUGCCACAUCUAAUGCUUUCCCAGGAUCAGCCCUACAGUAACAACUUUGAACAAAACAACGCGUACGACGAGGACUGUGUAGCCUGGAACCUGAUAGGUCUUGCAGUCAGACAGGCAUAUUUGUUACAUCUGGAAAAACAAUCCUUCCCCUGGGAGGUGGAGUCCGAGCCAAGCAGUAUGCGCUGCCGGCGACGACUAGCAUGGAUAUUUACCUAUCUGGCCGACCGGCAAAUAUCAAUCCAAAUGGGCCAAGCAUUCUGGUCCCGCGGACCAAGUCUAUCCACCAGAUUCAGCACCCACGAUUACCCAUCACUACAACCGGCCAUUACUGGCGGAACAGACUACGCCUCCUUCGUACAGGCGCAAGUAGAGCUAACAACCAUCUUCGGGAAUAUUCACGACAUCCUCUACGCAUUAAAGUCGCGCACACGUCAGCUAAUGCUGGUUGGAGACUACUCCAAAUACCUCGACGACUCCGCCAAAGCAAUGGAGAUGUGGAAGGGAACCUGGUCAAACGUCGACAUUCCCUCCACUCUGUGUUGUCUCCUCACACUACAGUACCAGUAUCUACAACUCUACGUGAACGCCUUCGCCUUCCAAGCAGUCCUAUAUCGCUCUUCUAAGACCUCCAUCAACAGAAGCGAGGGAGAUAUCACAUCCUUAUUCCCAGAUAGUGUCAUGGCCAGCCCCGACGCUCGCCACAUCUACGCAGCCACCAACGCAGCAAGAAGUUUACUUCAAACGUUCGUGGAAAAGAUAACCCCAUCGGACAUUGUGAAAUUUCUUCCCGUUCGAUAUUACCUCUACGAAAUCUAUGCCUCCGUAUUCCUCUUCAAAGCCUACUCCGUCGGAGCCAUCUCCCCCGAAGAAUCCCAAGCCUGUUUCACCCUAACCCGGCAAUUCAUCUCUAUGCUCAAAGGCGCCGCUACAAGCCAAACGCAUAUUGCUCAUCGCUACGCUAAAUUACUAGGUCAUCUAUGGUGUCAUGGCAAGGUUACUCCUGAGUCGCAUCAGGGAAGUGCUAUCCAGGAGAGCGAAUUUACCUGUCUGCAACAGUACACGGCUGAUGCGCCUGCAGAUUCUGGGGAUUUUCUUCAACCAGUCAAUGUGGAUACUGAUUUCAUGGAUGCGUUUUCUGGUUCUCUGCCGCUAGAAUUGGACCGCUCUUGGAAUUCUGAUUUUUACGAUGAGACGCUGUUCUCUAGUUUGCCGUUCUUUCGUGGGUUUCGGGAGCUAGAGGGGGAUUAUGUUCCGUGA